CAUCCGUGUACAUAUUUCUUAACUUUCAGACGACAUCCGCGCUCACAGUGAGACGAAGUACAAUUACUUUUUAUUUUUAGCAACUUCCAACCAGUUUGUGAAGGUUUAAGGUGCAAUUUCUGAAGGUUUGAGUCGCAAUGGCCUUUAAGGGAAAGAGCAAAAAUGCAUCACACCUUGAAAAUCUUACCCUCACGGUGAAUGAGAAAAUUUUACGCGAAUGCCACAAUCUCUACACGGAAGACAAAAUUGGUCUAAUUUCCAUUGCUGGAGAUAUUGAUAUCCACUUGUUAGCACCAAGGAAAAAAAUUACUGUUCUGCUGAUUGGGAAUCACUCUGCAGGGAAAAGUUCAUUUAUUAAUUGGUAUGUAGAGGAGCAUAUACAACGAACUGGUGUAGCAAUUGAAACUCAAGGCUUCACUAUCGUUACAAGCGGCAGAAAACGUGAAUCCCUAACUGGAAAUGCCACUCUACAUUUGUACCCUCAUCUCGAGCCAUUGCAAAACAAACCCGGAGUGAUGGAUUAUGUAACGACUGAAAUCACAACUUCGAAACAAAAGAAAUUUAACCUGGUAACUUUUAUUGAUACACCGGGAUUGGUGGAUGGAGACAUGAAAUAUCCGUUUGAUGUAAAUGAAUCUAUCUUGUGGUUAGGAAAACAAAUUGCUGAUCGGGUGUUCGUAUUCUUUGAUCCUAUAGGCCAAGCUCUAUGCAAACGUACAUUGAACAUUGUGGAACAACUGAGCGAAGACCACGCAGAAAUCAUGAAGUUUUACCUCAGUAAAGCUGAUGAAGCUGGCCAUGAGAGUGACAGACAGAGAGUGAUGAUGCAGAUUGUGCAAGAGCUUUGCAAACGUCCUAAUCUAAACCGUACUGGCUUUGACAUGCCUACAAUCUACAUUCCUAGCAUGGGAAAAACAAGCAAAUGUGUCAAUCAAAUAGAGGAUGUGUGUAAGGAAAUUGAUAAAACUAUCAACACAACAAUCCAAAAUACAUUAAACAAGUUGGAAAAAGAUUGCACAGAUAUUUCUACCAAGAUCGAUACGUUGAUAGAAGAAGACAAUGCUGCAUGUUCUUACAACUUGCGAGCGAAAGGCAAGGGUUUCAUGUAUGCUUCGGUCGGUUCCAUUCUACCACUAUUAUUAUUUGGUAACUUCUUGGCCAUUGCUUUGCCGAAAGAAUCAUUGGAAGCUGCAUUAGGAGUUACAGGAGCAGAAGCAUUGGCAAAAUACACAUCUCCUGUUGGGACACUGUGGACACUAAUACCUUCAAACUACCACAAUCAUGCUGCCUGUCUCUUCAUUUUCCUCACACUUCUUCUUCUGCUGGCUGCACGAUUUGCGGCGCGAUCGAUGCCCACGUUAUCACGGAAAAGAAAACGAUCGUUGGUAGAAAGGAAAAGCUAUGUUCAGAAUCAUGUCAAAACCAAAAAGGCUGCAUUAUACAAGGAAUAUCUUCAGCAGAGUGUUGCUGCUCACGACAUAUAACCUUUCUCUCUGUGGCCCCACACCUACUAGAUAAUUCACCAAUAGCAUAUGUUGUGUAGUAGUAAAGAAAACAAAGUAGCUUCAAAACCAUGAACAUCUCUCUGUUUCUAGUAUUAAAACUCCUACAAUUUCCCUCAAUUCUAAUUCUCAGCCAUCUAAAAAAUGUAAAUCUGCAAAUAGCUUAGGAAAUGUCUGGCAUAUUUUUUUUAAUUAAAUCCCUUGCAGAACACUGUCUCAGAUGAUAGAUAGUUUGAUGUUUUUGUAUUCUGAAGUACAUUUUCAAAUCUCGUUCAAUUAUCUUUUUUGAAUAUUUUGUCGAAGUUCAAUGUAUUUUCUAUCUACUGUUCAAAUUUAAAGUUUAAACAGUAUGUUUUAGUAUGCAUAAUAUUCAACUAUUAACAAGAUGAAUUAAAAAAUGGUAUGCGAGCUUAUUUGUCUCUCCACUUUGCUGUAAAAGAAGUUUGAAGUGUUAUUCUAAAAUUUGUGACCUACUUCUGCUAUUGUUGCCAACUCAUUGUUUACAAAACCUGUUUUCUCUCUGUUUGUAAUCUGCAAUAAUAAAACCUAGCAAAGAGCAAA